AUGUAGUCUGUAGAUGGCAUUCACGCCGCGACCCGUUAGCGAGCGGACGUCGGGCGAGCGCUCACCACGGGCCGUAUUUUGUCUCAAUAACUUUUGUGGUUGCAGUUCAUCGUGUCGAGCUCGAGUUUGUCGCUUGUGAUCGCUCAAAAUAAACAGCGCUUAUCGAAUGACAGCAGCGGGAGUGAUACUGAAAAGUGAUGUGAUUUGUGUUGUGUUUACGUUUAGAUGUGAAGUAGUGUAGGCAGCUCAAUAUGGGUUACGCUUCGAACGGCGCGGGGCGAGCGGCCCAUGAGGCUUUACUCGCUCGCCAGGAUGCAGAGCUUCGUCUCAUGGAGGCUAUGAAGCGGAGCCUUCAGGCUAAAAUGAAGAGCGACAGGGAAUAUGCGCUGGCGCUCUCUGCCGCGGCCGCGCAGGGUCAGAAAAUGGACAAGUGCGAGGAACUAAACGGUUCUGUGAUAGCGGCUGCGUGGCGGACCAUGACGGAGGAGUGGGAGAACACCAGUCGUCUGAUCAAGGCCAACGCGGAGGCUCUGGACUCCCGCGCUCUUGACAGACUCAACACGCUUAUGACCGAACGCCGGAAGUCGCGGAAGGCGUAUCAGGAGGACCAUAGCAAGAUAUCCUCUCAAUUCACUCAGUUGUCUGAGGAAGUGCAGAGAAAGCAGAGCGAGUACCAGAAAUGCCUAGAAUCAUACAAGCAAAUGAGAGCUAAGUUUGAAGAAAAUUACCUCAAGUGUCCCACGGGUAGGGGUGGUCGCAAGUUGGACGAGACCCGGGACAAGUACGGCAAGGCUUGUCGAAGACUGCACAGGGCGCACAACGAGUAUGUGCUGCUGUUGGCCGAGGCUACGGAGUGCGAGAGGGCGUUGCGGACGGCGUCGCUACCCGCGCUGCUCGACCAGCAGAGAAGACAGGGCGAAGCCACCGCCACCUCAUGGAAGGGGAUCCUUUUAGAAGUAGUUCAACGUUCAGAUUUCAGCACGGAUAAAUUCCGGGAGAUCCAGAGCAAAAUUGAAACUUCCAUCCAAAACUUGAGGCCUCAGGAUGAGUACAAGGAGUUUAUGGAAAAGUACAAAUCACCACCUUCAACGCCAAUACCUUUCACGUUUGAUGAAAGUCUAGUCGACGAUACGAGUGGCAAACUACAACCCAACCAGCUAACUGUAGACAACCUCACAGUAGAAUGGCUGAAGGAAAAACUAACAGAGCUGGAAUCGACCCUACAAGACAACAGAGAGAAGCAAACUGCCUUACAGGGACCUGAAAUUAUCGGAAAUGGUGUCUGUAAGAACAACAACAGUGCAAUGCCUAACGGAGUCAAUGGUGUUGAUAGGCAUUCCCCCCCUCCGAUUCCGGUGACGAGUGCGGAUCCUAUGAAGCUGCUGGAGCUCCGUGUGUCGGAGCGGAAGUGCGCGCGGCAGGCCGAGCUGAUCCGCACCGCCCUGGCCGAGCUCGGCUGCGAGGAGGCGCCGAGCGGCUGCCCCGACCUCUCCACCGAAACCGUCGGAGUGGACGGCUUGGAUGGAACACCUGAUAAUCAGGACCGAGGUUCGAUCAGCUCCAAAGCGUCGGACGUGCUAAGACUGCACUUGCACUCCAUAAUACCACCCCGACCGUUCUUCAAAAUAUUCACGAGGCCGUUCCGACGCAAAUCCGUCCCGUCGAGUCCGGCGCUGCCGCCGAAAACGUUCCGAAGCAGCAGCGAGGGCCCCAGCGACUCGGUAAAGCUAAUCCGCACCAUCAACAAACGACGCCUGGUGCUAAAGAAACGUUUUCACAAGCGCGUGGAUGUCUAUGUGCAGUGUAGCAUAAAGAGAGACCCCUCCAAGAAGCGGCGCAAACGGCGACCGUGUAAAUGUCCUAAUCGUGUGGUUAGUGUAACAGAAGCGGAGCGGUCUCUCGUAGACCAAGAAUGGUUCCAUGGCGUCCUGCCUCGAGAAGAGGUGGUGAGGCUACUGAGAGCGGACGGCGACUACCUAGUCCGGGAGACCACACGGAACCACGCCAGACAACUGGUCCUGUCCGUCUGUUGGGGACAACACAAACACUUCAUCGUGCAAACAACGCCAGAGGGUCACUACCGUUUCGAGGGCGCCGCGUUUCCGUCCGUCGCGGAGCUGAUAGCGUGGCAGCGCGCGAGCGGCGUGCCCGUCACGGCGCGCUCCGGGGCGCUGUUGCGCCGCGCCGUGCCGAGGGAGACGUGGGAGCUCAACAACGACCACGUACAACUGCUGGAUAAGAUUGGCAGGGGUAAUUUCGGAGACGUAUACAAAGCGAGACUGAAAACGACGGGACAGGAGGUAGCGGUGAAGACGUGUCGAGUAGCUCUUCCUGAAGAGCAGAAGAGAACGUUUCUCCAAGAAGGUCGCAUCCUCAAGCAGUACCAACACCCGAAUAUCGUGCGACUCAUAGGGAUAGCGGUGCAGAAACAACCGAUCAUGAUCGUCAUGGAGCUUGUGUCAGGCGGUUCCCUGCUGACGUUCCUGCGCACGCGCGCGGGCGGUCUGGGCGCGCGGGCGCUGACGGGCAUGUGCCGGGACGCCGCUGCCGGCAUGCGCUACCUCGAGUCCAAGAACUGCAUACAUCGCGACCUCGCCGCCAGGAACUGCCUGGUUGGGGAUGAUCAUCAGGUGAAGAUCUCCGACUUCGGCAUGUCUCGCGAGGAGGAGGAGUACAUCGUGUCGGGCGGCAUGAAGCAGAUACCCAUCAAGUGGACCGCACCGGAGGCACUCAACUUUGGUAAAUACACGUCCCUGUGCGACGUGUGGAGCUACGGCGUGCUGAUGUGGGAGAUCUUCUCUAAGGGCGACACGCCCUACGCCGGCAUGAGCAACUCGCGCGCCAGGGAGAAGAUAGACAACGGUUACCGCAUGCCCGCGCCGGAGGGCUGUCCGGAGGAGGUGUACGGUCUGAUGCUGCGGUGCUGGGAGUACGAGCCCGACAAGAGGCCGCACUUCCACCAGAUAUACACCAUCAUAGACAACAUAUACAACAGAUAACAUACAUGAUAGGGAUUGAAACAAGUUAAAACCAGAGUAGACAGAACUAAGGAGUACCUUGACUUCAAACAAACGGGC